CCCAAAGGAAGGAAGGAGAAGAGAAGCAGCAGAGCACAACGUCGCAAGAACGCGUCGAGGAGAGAUCACCACCUACGGCCAUGGCGAGGAGGAGGCUUCUCGCGCUCGCGUCCCGGCUCCAUGGGAGGCCUCAGGCGACGCAGCCUUGGCGGCGACCCCCGCCCCGGUUCCUCUCCUCAGCGGCGUCCGGCCCCCUCGACCGCCUGAAGUCGCCGCCUUUCGCGCGGCCGGGUGCCCGGAACCCCGCCGCCUACCCAUGGGAUCGAUUCGGAGGAGGGCAGAAGAGGACCAUGUUCAUCCAGACGCAGUCGACGCCGAACCCGCAGUCACUCAUGUUCUAUCCUGGAAAGCCAGUUAUGGAGGUUGGGAGCUCCGAUUUCCCUAAUGCUCGGACUGCAAUGACAUCCCCUUUGGCUAAGGCGCUGUUUGCUAUUGAUGGAGUAACCAGGAUCUUCUUUGGAUCUGAUUUUGUUACUGUUACAAAAUCAGAAGAAACUUCUUGGGAUUACCUCAAACCUGAGGUUUUUGCUGCUAUAAUGGACUUUUACUCAUCUGGACAACCACUUUUUCUGGACUCAAAUGCUGCAGCUUCUAUGGACACAGCAAUUCAUGAGGAUGAUUCAGAAAUAGUUGCCAUGAUAAAAGAAUUAUUGGAGACUCGCAUUCGACCAGCUGUUCAAGAUGAUGGUGGUGACAUUGAAUACCGAGGAUUUGAUCCAGAAAACGGGAUAGUUAAGCUUAAAAUGCAAGGUGCCUGCAGCGGCUGUCCAAGUUCAUCAGUCACAUUGAAGUCUGGGAUAGAAAACAUGCUUAUGCACUAUGUGCCUGAGGUGAAAGGAGUAGAGCAGGAGUUUGAUGGUGAUGAGGAAGCUGAACUGGCUGGAUAGAUGGAGUGAGAGUUCUUACAGGUUUUUGAGGGUCAACACAGCCUCUUCAAAUGUUAUACCAACUUUCACGUACGAUGUUUCCCGGUAUUUCUACAUCCCAGAAAGGUUAUCCAUAUGUUUCCUUUUGAGAGACCAGGAAUGGCCUUAGCAUUUACAGUGAUUAGCAGCCAGCACCGAUCCUGAUGUAUGCAGGACACAGGCUAUCAUAGAUAGCAGAGGCGUCAGUAGUCUUAACCAACAUCAGUUGCACUAGGAUCCGAAUAAAAUGAUACAGUGAAUGUCUCUUUUAUUUUUGCUGCACUUCUGUAUAUAUCUGAGCAUGUCUAAGCAAUUACGAAGGUAUCAAAUUUAGUAUGACAAAUACUUGGGAAUAAUUUGACGGGGUUGUUUUGCUUAUACCUGAUGAUAGUCCUAUCAUCAAUCAGUUA